UCCUGACAUCAUCACCAUCUCAAAUUCUUGCUUCUUUCACCUACCGAAAUUAUCACAAAAAUGGCAUCUCAACCCUCACUUCUCGCCGCCACGGCCAAGCUCAACAAUGGCCUUAUCAUUCCCCGCAUCCAGCUCGGCCUCUACAUGAUGUCCACCAAAGAAGCCACCGACGCAGUUCGUCAAGGUCUUCUCACCGGCUACCGCGGCUUUGACUGCGCGCAGAUGUACCACAAUGAGCGACAAGCCGGUAAAGCCAUCAGCGACUUUCUUGCCAGUAGUGAGAACACGGCGGGUUUGAAGCGCGAGGAUAUUUGGUACACUUCCAAGCUUGCCAACUGCGACGAGUCGUAUGAUGCUGUCCGACGAUCUGUCAAGAAAUCGGUGGAGGCCUCAGGCUUGGGUUACAUUGACCUGUUCCUCCUUCAUAGCCCCUAUGGUGGAAAAACGGCAAGACUUACGAGCUGGAAGGCUCUUGAGGAUGCUGUUGAUGCGGGUGAGAUUCGCGCUGCUGGUGUCAGCAACUUUGGUUCUGCUCAUAUCGAGGAGCUCAUGGCUUCCAACCCUCGCAUCCCUCCCGUAAUCAACCAGAUCGAAGUCCAUCCCUUCAACACUCAAGAAAGAAUUCGCGCCACUUGCGCCAAGCACAAUAUCACCAUCGAGGCCUACGCUCCUCUCGCUCGUGCUGAGCGCAUGGAUCAUCCGGCCAUUGUCAACAUGGCCAAGAAGUACUCCGUCACACCUGCCCAAAUCUUUGUCAAGUGGGGACUUCAACAUGACUUUAUCACUCUACCCAAGAGUACCAAACAGAAGCGCAUGGUCGAGAACGCAAGCGUUGAUGGGUUUGAGAUUUCGGAGGCAGAUAUGAAGGAACUUGAUGGCUUGGAUGAGCAUUUAGUUACAGACUGGGACCCUACCGACGCGCCCUAAAUUCUCAGAUAUAACCAUUGUUAGGACAUAUAUAUAUGAAAAGAAUUAUUCAUUUCACAUUGAGCCGAAUAUGGGGUCAUUAGUGUGGAUGAACGAAACAACCACUGAACUUGUUCAUGGACCAAACAAAACUCAACAAAGAGCUCCCUAAAUUGAUCAUAAAUUAUCAUAAAAUAUGG